GCGUCGAAAGCGCGACAAACUCCCAGGAUUCAAGCCAAGGUGCGAUUCAAGCUCAACAACGCAGGCCUCGAGACCCCAACCGCGCAUUAUUGGUCUCCAACCACUGGACCGCAUACUAUGCCUUACAGACAGAGGCUUCUAGAUGCUCGAUUCAAUUGACCAUGAAACCCUGACGACCACACGCCCCCAACAAUUGGCUUAUGUCCUUGCGCAUCCGCAUCCGCCCAACCCUGCUACUGCGCUUUCCACAGUCCGAACCACCCCUCCGACCCCCAACGGCUGCUCCAACACGCCGACAUGGACGACCACAACGAGGGCCGCCAGCCCGCUUCCCGACCAUCCACCGCCCGAAAACUAGAUCCUGAUGACGAGACUGCAUCCCCCUCAAAACACGAUGUCGAGCAACACCGCCCUACCGCCAACCCCAACUCCCUCAGGCCCGAAAAUAUCCCCUUGCUCCACCCACCUUCCCUCGCCGCCCCCGAAAGCAGCUACCUCGAGAGCCCCAGUAUGAACCUGAGGCACUCCGACUCCCAAGCCGAGAUUAUCGUCCGCCAGCACCUGCAAGAUUUCGAGUCGAGCUUCACCGCCCCGCCCUCGCCCCUCCCGACCACCAACAACGGCCUCGACGACACCUUCGCUUUCGACUCUCCCUCCAAGAAGCCUGCCCCUGAACGCGCUGCUCCGGACGCUGACGAGUCGGCCGACCAGUCGCAGGUGCUGCCCACGUUAAGCCGCACCGUAUCCAGCACAUCAUACGCCCCCGAUGAGUCUAGCCCGCAACCAUCCGCUGCAGACCGAUCCACGGGAAAUGUCGGGAAUGGAACGGCGUCCCUGGAGGCAUUCUCAUCGUCACCGACAGCUGCAGCCACAGCGAGGUCCAUAUCGCGGGCCGUCUCACGGGCAGCCUCGGUCCGGAGUGUAGCCAACCACGAACACAACGAGUCCACCGCAGAGCAGCAGGGGCAGGACCAGUCAUUUGACGACUCCUUGUUGCAACCCGCUUCCGAUGCUUCAAUGUCACAAGCUAGCCAGGAAUACAGCCGAGAACACAGCCAGGAGCGGGCUUCAGCCGACGCAGGGCAGACGCCAGGCCAGUCGCUGAAAAACUCCAAGCCCCCAAAGUACUUGCGGAGUCGAAUCGGGAGCCAGCGUUCCUCUGUCUCGUCCCUCCACACGGAUACCGAAAGUGACACGACCGUAGGAAUGGGCGCCGACUAUGCCCUCCAGUCAGGCGGCGCUGUACCUAGCCUGGGAAUGCCGCGGAGCUUUAACAAUCCCCUGUCCAGGUCCAUCAGUAUGGGAAGCAUGGCCAGUGGUAUUGAGAACCUCCACGAGUCUUCCGGUCCCGCUUUUGGCCAGCUCGAGACCCUAGACGAGGUCGACGUGAGCAUGUCACCCCAGCCCGAGCCACGCCACGACCAGAGCCGGGGGCUACUACAAACACCGAAACCAACCAAGAAGGCACCGCUCGCCCCGCCAACAGACACGGUUAUUGCCCGUCAUGUUCGCGAUGUGCAAGUCCCGGAAUCAUUGGCCAAGGAGUACAAGAAUCGGGGAGGGCUGAUGACCCCAGCACGGCCCGGAACCUCGGACACAGGCGCGUUCGGAACCUCCACGGCGAGCCGCCACGGCAGGAGCCUGACCCUCAAAGAGCAGAGCAGUACCAUUGAGCGCCUAAGCAAGGAGAACUUUGACCUCAAGCUCAAGGUCAUGUUCCUGAGUGACCGCCUAGACAAGCUCUCCGAAGAAGGUAUUAAGGAGAUGAUCUCGGAGAACGUGGAGCUCAAGACAGGGUUGGCCGUGCUGCAACGCGACAAUAAGGUCCUUCGCCGCCGCGUCAAGGAACUCGAGAAGCAGGCCAAGGACGAGGAGAACCGCCCAGGGACAGCUAGGAGCGCCCAGUCCGAUGACGAGCAGAGUGCCGCGUACGACCAGGAGGCCCAAGACCGCGAGGAGGAGCUCAUCUACCUUAGGGAGCAACUAGAGGAGCACAUCACCGAAAUCGAGCGACUUCGAAACGAGAACUUGAACAAGGAGGCUGAAAAGCGCCGCAUGGCCGAAGUGGUGCGGACGCUAGGGGAGAAAACGGGAGAGCGGCUCGGCGAAGAUUUCGAGCGCCAGGAGGAAGCCGACGUCUGGAAGGACUUGCUCGAGCAGGAGACCGCUAGGAGGGAGCAAAGCGACGAAGACAACCGCCGCCUGCGUGACGAGAUCUUCCGGAUGAAGCAGGAGCUCGCGGCCCAGUCGGGCGCCGGGUCGCUGCAUCCGAUGCAUCACACCACAAACAUCUACAAUAUCACGAAGAAGUCUCGCGAGCGGGCCUUGUCGGCCGCCCGGUCAGGCGCAUCGGUAUCCGGAGAUCCGGACGCUAACGGGCCCAUGAGUGUCGGCAGUACGCUGGUUGACGAAAUUCGACGGGAGAGCGAACAACUCCGCCACGAAAAUGCCGAGCUCCGUCGUGAAGUCGGUGCUCAGACGUCCAUGCUGACGUCGAGAAAUCGCGAGAAGGACCGGUUGUACCAGGAGAUUGAAGAUCUCAAGAUGGCCCAGCGACGUGGCGGCCCCGCCCCGUCUACCAUCGACAGUCUACUGGAGCGGUCGGCGUCUCGCGCGGGGGUUCACGAACGCUCGCAAUCUAGGGCGAGUGGCGGCACGCGGGCGACCAACACAGCUGUUGAUGAUGCAGACGUCGAGGAGCUCGAGAACAGGAUGGCAGACUUGCGGGAUAAAAACAACGACCUCAAAUUGCAGAACCAAGACUUGCAACGAGAGCUCGAUGGUUGUAUGGAGGACUUUGAAGCGGCCGUCGAGGCGAAGAAGCAGGCCGAGGAACUGGUUGCGGCGCUACAAGAAGAUCUCGAGACGGCUAUGAAUGACCUGAUGGCGUUGCAGGCCGAGCGGGAUGAGGCCCUGCAGGAACAUUCCAACCUCGAGAAUGAGUUUGAUUCUUUGAGGAAAGAAGCGCAGGAGGAAAUCGACGCGCUUGAGGGCGAAGCAGACCAACGCACGGCCGAAAUCGAACGACUGCAGCUCGACCUCAACGACCGCACCGAAAGCUUCGACUCCCUCCAAGCCGAGAUGCGCAAGAUGAGCGAGGGCCUGGUCAGGCUCGAGGACGAACAGGAGUCAAAGCUGCGCAGGAUACAAGAACUCGAACAAGAGCUCGGGGACGCUAACAAAGACCUCGAAGACCUGGAGGCGAAGCUCCUUGAGGCUAACGACAAAGCCAACCGUCUCUCGGUCCAGCAGGAGUCCAGCCAGGGCGAGAUCGCGUUCCUGCGCGAAGAACAAGAGACCGACAAGAUCCGCAUCGGCGACCUGGAGGCCGCGUUCGCUAACGCCGAGCAGUCUCUACGGGAGGAGAAGGAGCGCGCGAGGGAGCUGGAGCAGAGGCUCGCGACCGAACGGCGGCAGCGCGAGAUCGUGGCCAACCGCGAGAAGGAGGAGGUCCAGCAGUUUGUCAACGAACUGAACAAGGAGGCGUCAACCGCCAAGGAUGAGUCGAGGCGGCUGCGGAAGAGCCUGACGAGCAGGGAGGUGGAGGCGACCGAAUGGAAGGAGCGGCUUAUCGAGCUGGAGAAUAACCUGCGUGAGGCGCUUGGUGACUUGAGCGGGACUCGGUCGAGCCUCCUCAAGUCCAUCGCAAAACUCCAACGCGACCUCGAGAACACGGUACGCGACCUCGACACGACCAAGUCGUCGCUCGUCAAAAAGGACCACGUCAUCAAGCAACGCGAUGCCCUACUCGAGUCGCACGCCCUUGAGUUACGCAAGAUGGGCGAGAUGCUGGAUAAGGAACGGCAAGGCCACCGCAACGUUAAGCACCAGUUCGAGACCUUCCAAAAGACGCACCAGCACGUCACCCGCACUGUCAGUUCCCAGGACCAGCGCAUCGUGGAACUGGAACAGGCCAAGUCACACGACAAGAAGCGCCUCUCGCAGCUCGAAAAUACCUUCAAAGACCAACUCACCGAGCGCAACAAUCUGCUACUCAUUCUUUGGACCCGUCUCUCCGCGCUCUGUGGCACCGACUGGGCCCAUGACAACAGCCUCAUUAACGGGCGCGCCCUGCCUAGCCUCGAGGCCGUCGCCACCAUGCUCCCCGGCUUCAGUAAAAACCUUCUCGCCGCCGUUAAGACGAUCGAGACCAUGGUUGGCAACUUCCAAGGCAAGAUCAAAUUAGUCGAAAAGGACCUCUGGCGGGAAUACCAAACGCUGGAGAGCCACCUCGACCAGCGCACCAAGAAACUCGACCGUCUCGAGGCAAUUGUCCGCAACGGCAUCGUGACAGGUCAGAUCAACCCGCAUUCCAACAGCGAAGCCCAAGCCCGACUCGUCCGGCUAGAAGACGCGUACCGGCAGCUCAAGGUAGAGAACCACACGCUCCGCGCCGCAGCCGACGCCCGGCGGGCGGCAUACGCCGCCGCAGAACACAACGGCGGCCUCGACUCCCCGGGCGGCAGCCCGUCCCCGUCGGUGCCCACGGGCCCGAAAGCGAAGUCCAGCCAGAGCAGGAUCCCGAAAUCGGGCAGCAGAUCCGCACUCUCCAGACCAGUAACAUCAAACAGUCAAACAACCCCGUCGCGCAGCACGAGCCAGCACUACUUCAGCCAGCACCACUCCAGACAGAGUCUCGCUGCCCCUGGGGCAGACGACAUCGGGGUAGCCCGGUCGCGGGGCACCAGCCCAGCCACGCCAAUUAGGACAAGCGGCGGAGGCGACGACGACGACACCCUCACGCUCCCCACCCCCACCCAAGCGUCCCACUCCCACCAGGAACGCGGCCGCGACCGAAGCAGGGGCCGGAGUACCAACCCCCCCAACACCCACCACAACAACCACCAUCACAACAACCCCUCCUCCACCACCUCCUCCACCGCCCUCGCCACAUCAACAACCACCUCCUCCACCACCCUCUCCAACAGCAACAACAACACCCCGACCACCUCAACCCCCACCGCCGGCGCCCUCGCUAACACCGCAGGGUCUGGGUCUGGUGGCGGUGGCGGUGGUGGGGUGGUCGACACCAAGUGGAUGCUGCGGCUGCGGGAUCUCGAGUACAAGCUGAAAGCGGAGCGGGAGGGCCGGAUCAUGGACCGCGGGGAGGCGAUGAAGCGGAUUAGCGCGAGCGAGGAUGAGAAUGCGGCGUUGAGGGAGAAUUUGGAGAGGGAACGGGAGCGGAGGAGGGCGGGGAGGUAGUCUUUUUUUUUGUUUUUUGUGGG